AUGGCGUCCGAAUCCAGUGCCCCGGGUCGGGAUCGCCCUGCCGCGAGCAGUCGAAAACAUACUGGCCUCGAGAACCUGUUACCGGCAAGCAUCACCACGAGGAGCAGAUCCAAGCCACGCACUCGGCCGUCUGCUACCCCUCACUUGGAGCGAUCCCUGUCCUCCAUGACCGACAGCUUCAUGCUGGAACAUUGGGGUGCAUCAACUCAUACUCCGCCAACCGAACUGGAUAGCGCAGCUACCUCACAGUCGAAGGUGGAGGAUGCGCUCACUCCAAUCUCCAACUGGGCCCAUCUCAACUACAUCAAGAACCAGCGCAAUUCUCUUCGCGGGGAGCUCAAGGCUCACCUGAUUGCGGGCGCGGAAGCGAAGCGGUCUGUGACUUCGUUGCGUCGGCUUGCGUUUCGCAUGGCUGUCAACAUAUCUGUCAAGGAGAAACAAAUCGCAACAACCGCAAGGAACUUGGCGAACAGUAGGAAGAGCAAUUACCUCGAAGGAAAGGAUACGCAGACGAGGAUUGAGGACUUGAAGAGAGCGUUGCGCGUCGAAGAGGGACGGAAUCAGGAGAUCCUUGAGGCAUUGGAGAGGGCUUCUAUGCUCACGCUUCAAUAUUCAACCCCACAGUCCCAAGCUCAGCACAGACUUCAACGUAACCCCUUUUCGCCCCCACCAUCACCGCCAACUCGUCUCUCAAACCCCCCGGAGAGUCCUCUCGGUUCUCCUAGGACCCCAAUACGAGCAAACUCUUCGCCAUGGCACGACAUGGAAUGGGGGCUUACACCCAACAUCGAGACGCCUGCCGACAUACGCACAUCAGACAAUCAAGCGCUUGCCGCAUGUCGCAGUCGCAUAGAAGAAUUGCAGGCUGAGUGCGCACAGAUGGAAGAGACGCUCACGUCCACGAGACUGCAGCAAGAGCUUCAGGCCAAGACCAAGGAGUUGGCCCAUCUAGAGCAGAUGAGCGGGACCAAACAGCAACUGAUUGGAACGUUGCAGAGAGAGAAGACGGCCAUCGAAGACCAACUUCACGCUCGCAACCUCCAGUUUGGGGAACUGGAGAACCGCGCAGCCACCCUGAAGGAAAACUUGCAUGCGUUGCAGAACAAGCUUGAAACCGCCGAACGCCAUGAAUCCUCCCUCCGCGACCGAAUCGCGGAGAAGGAGAGCGCGCGCACCCAGUAUAUGGAACUCUUACAGCAGAAAAUCGCCGGAUACGAAUCGCAAGCGACACAGCAAUUGAAGCAAAUCGAAGUUGGUGGAGGUGUUAUUUCUGAGCUCCACACAGAGGAUGCUUCAGCGACAUUGAGGACAGAGAUGGAGCUUCUCUCAGCCACUUUGCGAGCCGGGAAUGACGAGCGCGAUGAACUGGUAUCGAUCGAAGAAGAUCUCUACGUUACAAGAGAGCGGCUCGAGCAAGAGACAGUUGCACAUACCAGCAAUUUACAGGCUGCUCAGGAACACGCCAAGUUAGAGACCCUUCGCGAUGCGAAAGCAGCGUUGGAGGCCGACCUCAGAGACGCCCGACAAACAUUAUUCCGAUUGCGCGAAGAAUUGCGCGCUAAUAAUUCCAAGCUUUCCGACAAGCUACAUUCAUCUGAAGAGCGAGUGUCAUUCCUCGAGACAGAGCUCGAUCGGGCUGUUAAAUCCAAGGACGAGAGGAGCAACGCACAACUCCGCGAAUUGGAAUCUUCCGUCCUCGAUCUCCAAACGGAUUUGCAUCGGGUACAAACGACCAAAGAUGGGGUGGAAGAGCAACUUGGUGAGGUCCUCCAGUCGAAAAAACACCUGCAAAGCGAGUUCAACAACGUUCAAUCGCGGUUAUCUAAAACUAAAGCUGAUCUCGAAGAGCGCUUGAACACCACUAUACAUGAUAGGGACAUGCUGAAGAAGGUCACGAGACUCGAGGAGGCUCUCGCGCUUGUGCAGAUGGAGGGUGAGGCCUCUGGGGUGGAGAUUAGUAGCCUACAUGAGCAGCUUAAUGAGGUACAUACAAAGAAGGGAGAGGGCCAGCUCGAUUCCGCUCAGGCGAGGCUGGCGCAACUGUCAACUCUACAAGACGAAACGACACGGAUACGACACUCCAAGGAAGAAGCUGGAGCGCGUCUGACGACCGCGCAAGCAUCGUAUGACGACCUCAACAAGCAACAUAAAGCUGAAGCAGCAGAGAUAGGUUCGAGACUCUCGGAGACCGAGGAAGAGCUUACCGCUAUACGUCUAAAGAGCAACACAGAGUUGGAAAUUCAACUCGACGAUGCACUGAGCUCUAACGUUGGACUGGGGAUACGCCUUGAUUCGACACGGGCCGAACUGAGCACAUUGGAAGCCAACAAUGAAGGUCUCAAUUCAAGUGAUGACGUUGAAAGACGCCUCGAUAUCGCUUUAAGUUCGAAUGCCGAAUUAAGUGAAGAUAUUGACAAGCUAUCCAAUACCGAGCAAGACCUUGAUAUACUCCGGAAGGACAAGGCCGAUAUUGACGAGAGGCUCGGUCAAGCCCUAGCUCGGACCGAAAAGGAAUUCGAGGCCCAAAAUGCUUGGCAAGCGUCGACGCUAUCUACGACCAACGAAGAGCUUGCUACUCGACUCGACGGUGCCGAGAAGCAUAGUGAAGCUCUCGAAAGUGAGCUCUCGUCUAUGUCCUCGCAACUGAACAAGUUGAAAUCAGAGGAAAAGCGGCUCGACAUCGUCGAAUCUGAAGGUCUUACGCUGAACUCCAAGUCUCUUGAAGCCGACAAGGAGAUCACUUCUCUACGCGACACAAAUGCCAGACUUGAGGCAUCCGAGAAGGACUUGCAGUUCCGGCUGAGCUCAGCGGAAGAGGAUCUGGACACUGUGCGUGAGACGAAUGCGCGCCUUGAAUCUUUCCUUGAUCAGCUUGAGACAGACAUGGCCACCGCAGAAGUCGCUGUUGAGGAGAGCGCGAAACGGUUGGAAGAGUUCGUGGAAGAGUCACAGGCCAAGAUAGAUGCUUCGAGGAAUGCCAAGCUCAAGUACAAGCACAGGGUCUCGGAAAGAAACCAUGAGAUCGAAGUUCUGAGAAGUGAGAACUCGGAACUACAACAUCAGAUUGGCGAGCAAACGCAAGAACUAGGGACUCUUGGGAAGGGCAAGGCGAAACUAGUCGAAGAGUUGUCGGCUAAGAAGAAGUACAUACAAGAGCUUGAGUUGUCAAGCGAUAAGCGAAUGAGGUCCAUGAACUCUACUUAUAAUGAGUUGAGAAAGAAGCAUGAGGAACAAGGUCGGCAGCAACGGCUAAGCCCGGAUCAUGAUAGUGCGGGCCGCCUCAAAGCCAAGCUGCAGGCCAGGGAUGCGGAGAUUGAAGAGAUGCGGAAAAGCAAAGAGCAAUUCGCAUCUUCCUUUGCUACUCUGGAGCAGGAAGUUCGGGCUCUGAGGGAUGACAAGAAGGCAUUCAAAAAAUUGGUCGCAGCUUUACAAGACAAGAUCAGGCACCUUCAAGUCCUCGAAGAAUGGGAGGAGCCGAUCACCCUCCAAGAAUCCUACGACACAGCCCCCCAAAGUCCGAUGUCGGGACAUACUACAAGCUCCAGGCUUACUCCCAUAGGAUUUCCAAGUGUACAACAUGAAAGGCCAACAACGCGAUCCAGCGCUGUUUCCCAUGACGACGAUCUCGAUGCUUGGGCUAGAGAAGUUGAGCGCGUGCGCAUGCUGAGGAAUGAAACCGCGAUUCAGCUCAGCGGUAUGAAGAAGGCGAGGCAUGAUCUUAAGAAGAGCUUGAAGGAUAGCGAGGCGCAUCUUCACCAACUAGAAAAACAAGCCAAGCCGAAACACCACCGCGCGCUUCUUAGGAAGAGCAGACCUUCUACACCAGCACGUGUGGCCACAGAGCCUGGUCAAAUUUCUCCAUUACCGCGGACGCCGACGCGUCCUGCUACUUCGGGUGGGUUCCCUCAUACCCCAGAGUCAACAGCGAGCACGCGCUACAGUACGAUACUUUCCUCGCCGUCGACACCACAUUGGGAAACAAAACGAUGGUCAACGCUUCCACGACCAAAGACAAGUCAUCGCCCCUUCACAGGCCGCAGUGGCAAGUCCUUAUUUGGGGAAGGGCCAACAAGUGCGGGAGAAGAGGAAAUACCAGUCGUAAGACCCAAGGAGAAGCGGAGAUGGAGCUCAGGGCUGCGCAGUUUAUUCAAGGGCGAGCAUUAG